AUGCCCAUCUCAUCUUUGUGCGCGGAGGCAGACGUCAUCAGAAAGGUGGGCGAGCACUAUGUACACGGCCCUAGGUGGUGACGAGCUGAUUGGAGCAACGAGAGCGUGUACGAAGCGGAGCGGGUCGAGUUUGGUCGUGCUAGGACUGGCCACAGCGGCACCGGAGCAGCGGCACCGGAGCAGCGGAACCGGAGCAGGCGGACGGCAUCGAACCGUGGCGCACGGACAAACAUCUCUUGGAUUGUCAAUUAUUUUUCCAUUUUUUUUUCCUGAAUACAGGUGUUGGGUGUGUGUAAUGACGUCACUGGUUUUGUAGAGAGACGCGGCAGAGAUGGUGCGGAUAACCCGCGGANGAACCGGAGCAGGCGGACGGCAUCGAACCGUGGCGCACGGACAAACAUCUACUGUAUUGUCAAUUAUUUUUCCAUUUUUUUUUCCUGAAUACAGGUGUUGGGUGUGUGUAAUGACGUCACUGGUUUUGUAGAGAGACGCGGCAGAGAUGGUGCGGAUAACCCGCGGAUGCCUUAAUUGUGUACCUGCAUCGUGGAAGACCCCUUCAAUGUGGAACGAUUCCUAGUCAGUGUCGAUGUUUAAACUGCUGUGCCUAACACAGAUGAUCUGGAUAGAUUCGGGUGAUUGUCAAUUAAUUGCAAUGAUGGCUUUGGUUGGGCGUUCUUCUGCAUUGUAUGUCCACAGACUCAUUCUGACAGCACUUCAGACAGCAGCUCCAUACCCCGAGCUUGUGUACCAUGCACCAUGGUGUUGUUUUUGUACAGACAGCACUUCAGACAGCAGUACGCUGUAGUCGACAAACAUUCAUAUUGGUUAAAUGCGGGACAAGGGGGGUGACGCUGCUGCUGUAGUCGAUUUGUAGUGUGUGGGCGUGUAGUUCAGUUGUGAGCACGCAAACGUGCUGCAGGGAUUGCAGGCGUACCUCCUCGGGCUUGCGUACCCUUCCCUUGCUAAUAGUGUGUGUGUUCUUUUGAUCUUCUGAUGGCUCUAUAAUAGCAUUUUUGUGACCACGGACCGAGUCUUUGCUAGAUUUUGGGAUUAGCAACUGACACGAGUUUAAUGUGAAGAAAACAACA